GUUGUAAUUUAUCAUGUUGUGGAACACCCACAAUGCAUUUGUCAGUCUACACAGAGUGCAAAAAAAUGUUCAUGUUGCCUAAUUUUGAGGCCUAAGACUACUUAGUCUUAAAUUUGUGUUGACUUUUGAUCAUCCCAUACAAUAUUUCAUACUCUGCUGUCUUUCAUCACAUUUCUAAUAACUGUUUUUCUCCAUUUUGUGUCUUGAGGAUUCUUGUUUUUUCCCUUGAAGACUGACUGAAUCGUACACAUUGGACUUGAACACAAUGGAGCAACUGUUAAACAACACAACUACUUUUCAGGAUGUCACACGGGUUGUAAACCUGACUGAAAUGCCUCUGAACCCUCUUGAGGAACAAGUCAUAACAAUAUUUUUAACAAUGCUUAUAUGUGGAGUUGGGAUUGCAGGUAAUAUCAUGGUGGUGCUUGUUGUAUUGCGCACUAAACACAUGGUGACUCCAACUAACUGUUACCUGGUCAGUUUGGCUGUUGCAGACCUCAUUGUGCUCCUGGCUGCAGGCCUGCCUAACAUCUCUGAUGCUGUAGCCUUCUGGAUAUAUGGUUACACAGGAUGCCUGUGUAUAACUUAUUUUCAAUACCUGGGCAUUAAUGUGUCAUCCUGCUCCAUCACAGCAUUCACCAUUGAACGCUACAUCGCUAUUUGUCACUCCAUAAAGGCUCAGUUCAUAUGCACAGUUUCACGGGCUAAGAGGAUUAUAGCUGGAGUCUGGAUCUUCACCUCGCUCUACUGUACCAUGUGGUUCUUUUUAGUGGACACUGAUGAAACUGUCUAUGCCAACGGGGUGGUGGUCACCUGUGGUUACCGUGUGUCGAGAAGCCUGUACAUGCCCAUCUACUUUCUGGAUUUCACCCUGUUUUAUGUGGUCCCUCUCAUCGUAGCCACUGUGUUGUAUGGGCUCAUUGCUAGGAUAUUGUUCAUGAGUCCACUACCAUCUCAUCUUAACGAUCGAGCAGGAGGCGGAUCUGUGCACCAGGGUCACUCCAACAGCACCAACAAGGCCAAUAAGGGUGCAGUUACUGCGAGAAAACAGAUAACGAAGAUGCUGGCUGUGGUGGUUGUCCUCUUUGCCUUGCUAUGGAUGCCUUACCGAACACUUGUGGUAGUCAACUCCUUCAUUGACCCUCCGUACCACAAUACCUGGUUCCUCCUCUUCUGCCGGAUGUGCAUCUACACCAACAGCGCCAUCAACCCCAUCAUUUAUAACCUCAUGUCUCAGAAGUUUCGGGUUGCAUUCAAAAAGCUCUGCAAAUGCAACUGGCAACACAGGGAGGCUGAGUACAGCAUGCCAGUGUAUUACAGCGUAAUGAAAAAUUCAUCCCAUGGGAGCAACGAGCCGGCCACUGAGCAGGAAGAAGUCAGCGGCCAAACCACCAGCAGGGUUACUAUAACAGAUGAUGACACAAGUACGCUCAGCAAUUCUAAAUAAAAGUUUGUUAGAUUCAUCAGGACAAACUGUGAGGAUGAACAUGUAUGUAUAUACAGUACAUCUCUUAUUACGACACAAAAGUUUCCUACUAUUUUCCCUUCUUAUACAGUACUAAUUGAAAAAUGUAACUAUUUCUCUUGAUAAAUGUGUGUGAUACUUCAUGUGCGGAGUUGUAGAUGUGGUAUUUUUGCAUCAAUGUUGUAAUUAUGCUGUUAAUAUAGUGCACAAUGCGAGGCCAAACUUUGGUGUUCUUGAUACUGUUUAGUUGUGGAAUUACAAAAUGUGUCAACUUAAAGCAGCACUAUUCAACUUUGGGAGAUUUUUACAUAUCUGCAUCCUCUAACGAAGACUCGACAACCAUCUUGCAUCCUGUCUC